UGGUCCCGAACACCACCACACGUCACCCACAGCGUACAAGCUAGGCGGGUUUUCUUUGUUAUCCAUCCAAAUGGAGUCAUAAAAAUAUGUUGGUUUUUUGCAGAGCUUGAACUUCUUGUAUCAGCAACACAGCAGCUAUGGAGCGUCAUCUUCGACCUGUGUGCAGCUCAACGGCCAUCUUGUGCCCCUCCAAGCCUCUAAUUACUAAGCUGCCACUGUUACUGCAAAAGGCCACUGUUUCUCCUUGCCGUUUACCCUCCUACACUUUCCCUUUAUCUGCAAAGCUUUCUACCUCUUAUCCGCUUCGUCCUGCAGUUUUACUGGCGACGCCGGAGAGCCAAGUGAGCACCGAAGCAAAAGAAUGGGCAAUGCAAGAUUUUUAUUUCUUAAGAAAGGAUGUAGAAACUGCUGCUAUACGCGUCAAGGAGAUAAGGGACUCUGCUUGUCUGCACAAGUUAGAACAAGAAGUAGCCGAUUUAGAAUUGAAAGCAGCUGAUACCACCUUUUGGGAUGAUCGAGCUAAGGCUCAAGAAAACCUUUCGGCCCUGACUGAUGUCAAAGACAGGAUAAAAUUGCUGAACGAGUUUAAAUCACAGGUUGAAGAUGUAGAAACAAUAGUCAAGCUUACUGAAGAGAUGGACUCCAUAGAUCAUGGACUUCUUGAAGAGGCCGCCAGUAUCAUCAAGGAAUUGAACAAGGGGAUGGAUAGGUUUGAGUUAACUCAACUUCUUUCUGGGCCUUACGACAAAGAAGGUGCUGUUAUCUUUAUUACUGCCGGUGCUGGAGGUACUGAUGCACAGGAUUGGGCCGAAAUGUUACUCAGAAUGUAUGUGAGGUGGGCAGAAAAGCAGAGAUACAAGACACGAGUAGUUGAGAAAUCCCAGGGAGAGGAAGCUGGAAUUAAGUCGGCGACAAUUGAAGUAGAAGGCCGUUAUGCUUAUGGGUAUUUGUCGGGGGAGAAAGGAACACACCGCAUUGUAAGGCAGUCCCCUUUCAAUGCCAAAGGUCUCCGCCAGACAAGUUUCUCUGGUGUUGACGUCAUGCCACUUCUACCUGAGGAGUCCUUGAAAGUUGAAUUACCUGAAGAGGACCUGGACAUAAGUUUUUCAAGGGCAGGCGGAAAAGGAGGCCAGAAUGUGAACAAAAUUGAAAGUGCUGUCCGGAUUACUCACAUCCCCACUGGUGUUACUGUUCGCUGCACAGAGGAGAGAUCCCAGCUUGCAAACAAGAUCAAGGCUCUAGCCAGGUUGAAAGCCAAGCUGCUAGUGAUUGCCGAGGAACAAAGGGCGUCGGAAAUUAAGCAAAUACGAGGAGAUGUGGUGAAGGCAGAGUGGGGCCAACAAAUAAGAAACUACGUGUUCCAUCCAUACAAACUCGUCAAGGACGUAAGGACGGGACACGAGACAUCGGAUAUCACUUCGGUAAUGGAUGGUGAUUUGGAGCCGUACAUAAAAGCUUACCUGAAGUACAAAUACAGUAUGAAAGUGACUGCGACUGUAGCUAAUUAAAGUAGAGGAUGUAAUUAAUUAAUUCUUAAUGAUCUGCAUAAUGCUUGAAUUGUAAAUACUAAAUAUGAUUUGUAUGUUUUCUGCUGACAUAGUUUCGAUGUUA